UAUUAUUUCCAUUCUUAUAAGUUCACAGCCACAAUGCCAUAUAGUCUUGUAGCAUAUAAAAAAAACUGAUUUAAAAUAUCUAAUUUCGUUAUUUCUUAGGACCUCCUUUGCUCUUUCGUGUGAAUGAGCCACGAGAAACGCUUUUUAUUACGCCUGAUACAUUGGCACUGUUUUUUGCAUUUUGUAGUUUUUUUUGAAAAAAAUUUUCAAGUAACGCAAAAUCAACUUUUCGGCUUCCUACAUUUCCAACAUCUGCAAAUAAACGCAAUAAAUUUACAUGUUUUCGGAAGGCUACUUUUGGUCCAUUACCUCCUCUUCCGCUCCUGCUACAUUCAACCAAAAAUAAUCGAUUGAAAAUAAGAUAUAAGGCCUCGUGAAGUCGCGCUUUUGUUUCUGUUGCCUUCAUUUUGGCCCGCAAUUUACGCUUCACCUCCUCAAACUGAUCCUCUGAACCUAGAUUCUGCUCAAAAUCACCUAACUCCUUUUUCGAUGCAAUCAACGCAAUAAUUCCCUCACUUUCUUGCGUAUGUGGUGUAAUUUCGGGCGUUUCUUGCGGAACAGGAUUUUGCUCGUGUUGACUCUGCCACUUAAUAAUCUCCUCGUUUUGCAUUUUAACGUCAACAACGAUUUGGCUCAGGGUAUAAAUCUGUUUGCUGUUUUGCAGGGCAAUCUCUGCGCAUUUGCAUUGAUUUCCUGCAGCCCCGCAACUGCAGACAGAAGAAGCUUCGGUGGGCUGACGAUUCAUUUUUCAUCUGCAAUUAUGAAUGUUCAUGUUACUUUUAUUGUUUGUGUAUAGUUUUGAUAAUAAAUAGGUUUGCUUUACUUACAGGUUGUUGCAGAGCGGGUUUUAACGCAGCGAUGUUGUUGAUAUAUCGGCCGAUUUAUUCAACAGAAGGAGGAACAACGAUAUGACGCCAACGCACAAUAGCUUUUCAAUAAAAUGUACACACACGAAUUUCUUUGAAUUUUUCAUUUUGGCAGCAUCCAUAUGGGAGGUUUAUAAUGCCGGGAUUUGGGGAUUGAAGCAGACCGAAACGUACCGCAGAGCCGCUGUAAAGCAAUGCGCGUGACGUCACGGAUCGUUGCUCAUUUCGCCUUGUUCUCUGAGUGACAGCCAUACCAUCAAGGCCAGAUCAAGGCGAGAACAAGGCGAACGGUUUCCAUACAGAUCCCUACAAACAACGAGCGGGAUAUUUUAUCAUGGUGUGUGUAAAAACCUAGAGUUAAGCGGAGAAUCGGUGUGAAAUACACGGAGGCGAGAGCGCGUUUUGGUUUCGACACAGUUUUGGCACUAUCACAGUUACACAUGUGGAAAUGUGUGCGUUCACUUUCAGCCUGCGCGCUCAGUUUGAUCUGCUCGCAGCGCUGUGCUGAUGUUGAUGUCUCGCUUGUACAGCUGCACCGAAAGUUCCUCUGUGUGCUCUCGUUCUUGCUACCACAUGAAAUGGUCAGUACAGCGCAAGGAUCGGCAGCGAGCGGCCGCACGUGCGUCAGCCUAAGUCCUGGACGAUUGGUGUUAUGAUUUUGUAAAGUGUUCAAGUGUUCAAGUGUUGUGCGAAUUCAAAUGAAGCUGCGCGAAUGAUUCGUAAUGCAUGUUAUGUACAUCGCGCAGCUUCAUUUCGUACCUUUUUACAGUAAUCAACGUGUACAAAAGGAUCUACGCAGAUAUUCGGCCAUUUCAACGUUUGCAUUGAUGGAGAGAUCAAUUUUAUUUCAGUCAAAUAUUGUGUAUCAACAUACGUAAAUGUGUGAAAUCGUGUAAAGUUAAAAUGUAAAUGUUUCAAUAAAGUGAUGAAAAAAAAUCUACGCGUGUUUGUGUUUUUGUUUAGCUUUAGAUAACAAAAAAAUACGCAGCGAGUGUGAGCGAUCGCUGAACAAAAGAAACGCACACAGCGCAACACGAAAGAAACAAACACAUGCACACGAAAGGAUGCUCGCGCAUGGGCGCGAGCAUUGAGAGAGCGCACCGUGUAUUUUGUAUGGGAGCGGGAGAGAACCGUGCUACCCGUUCCCGCCCCCUUUUUUAAGCCUAGGAAAUCUUCCAUCGGCUUAACUCUAGGUUUUUACGCACACCAUGAUAAAAAUUAGCCGCUCUUUGUCCGUAGGGAUUCUCUCUGAGAUUGUUGAAAGGGACACGUACCCGUCUUGCCUGCCUUCUCUCCUCGUUCUUCCUUUCAUCCAGCGUUGUCUUCGUCGAAUGGUGUCCACACGUUAAAAAUUCUUCCUGCUUGCCUCCCUCUCGCUGCUCCAACAUGCUGCGCUAGCGCGCUGGAUGAUCGUCCCUACCUUCCUGCUGCUUCUCCUCUCCCAGGCGGUAACACGUUGGAGGAUCGUGCCUGCCUUCUUUCCUCUCCUGUUCUGUUGUUUUCGGAACUGCUAGGGAUAGAGGGAAAUAUUAAAUGUUUUGCCAACGGCUGUUCCAUUUAACCCGAAGCGCAAUACUUACCAACCAAUUGAAUACAGGGUUUCCCAAUUGAGUAUAGACUAGCCGCAUACUUUUUUUGAAUAUUCGCAAUAGAUUCUUGACUAGCAUCCUCUAUUUUUGAUUACGAGCAGUGGAUUAUUGACUAAGAGCAAUUGAUUUCAGCAGACCGGUUGCUGGCGCGGAGUGUCCAGAUUGUUUUUAGAGGUUAUGAAAUCUAAAGCCAAUUCGGUAAUUUUCAUUAAAAACAACUUUUUAUUCACUCAUAAAUUUUAUCAAAUUCCAAUUUUAUGGUUGAAAGGUCAAUACUUAGAAAAAUAUUUGAUUUUUGGUUAGAAAAACUGAGUUUUAGUGUGUUCAAUUGUAAACCGAUAUUCGAUCGAAAAUCGAUAGAACUACAUCUGGUCACUCUGAAAAACUUGCUUAAUCUAGCUUUUGGUUAGGUUAUGCCUGUGGGUUCACUACUGCAUAUUUCAAUUCAGCCGUUAAGUGCUUUUGUGUUGUAUUGUGCGUUAAUAAAAUCAAAACAAUAGCAUCAAAAACCUAUCAGAUAAAAUAUAUCUUAUUUUGUGGACGAUACAGGGUUUUACAAUUGAUUGUAGAUUUCCUGCUCAUUUUUUUUUAAAUUGUCGCUAUUGAUUUCUUACCAGCAGCAUAUAAUUUGGGUUGAGCGCUAUAGAUUUUUGAAAAGGUGCAAUUGAUUUCAACAGGCCAUUUUCUGACAGCUUUACCAGAGGCGCGUUUAGAACCCCUACAGUGAAAGAUCGAUAUGCUGUAGAAUCGGUUACUGUUUUUAAAUGCCGUCUGUAAUUAGUGUAAAGCAAUAAAUUUGCUAUGAAAAUCGAUUAUUUACUUAAAUACUGAUUUUACAAAUACAUAACGCAAGUUGUAGCAACAUUAAAAAAAUAAUAUCAUAUAAAAUAAAAAUAUCCACCGGUGUUUUUCAAAAUUGAAGAUAUGGAACUAGGCACAUAAACGCAGAUCACGAAAACGGAAUCGCGCAAUCCGCCCCACGAUCACCAAAACACACAAACACAAAAUAGAAACAAACGUGUUGCAAACAGUUCGCAACUAUAAAUUUGAUCAUAUUGAUACAACAGUGCCUCGUCCUGUACCAAUAGGUAUGUAUUUCACAACAAAGUGGAUGUGCAACAUACUCAUGUUAACGGGUUUAGGUGCGUCAACAGUAUUUAUCUUCCGGACGGGAUUUGAUAGCAGUUGUAGUAGCGGUCUGUUGUAGGUAGUUCUAGUUCAACUCUAUCGUUGUCCCAAUUUUAAAUCAUGCAAACACAUGUAAUGCACGUAUUUGUUUAUAUUGUUUCAGCAAACAUGGAUGCAUCAGUUGCCGCACCUCGACGCCGAAACAAGACUACUUCUAAUGAAGACAGGAACCGAGUGAUAGUAGCGUUUGAAAACGGAACAUCCGGAAAAGAUAUCGCCACAAUGUUGAACAUGAAUCGUGGAACUGUUUAUAGUAUUAUAAAAAAGUUCCAAAACACUUGGGAAGUUGCGGCUGCUAAACGGGGUGGCAAUCGUGCAAAACUGUUAUCGGAAGAGGCUGCUCAAAGCAUUCGUGCUUGGAUAGACGAAGACUGCACUGUCACGUUGAAGGCAUUGGUAGAAAAGGUAUACGAAAGAUUUAACGUGCGUGUGAGUACGACGACAGUAGCCCGCGAAAUCAAAGGGUUUAAUUAUUCGUUUAAAAGAAUUCAUAAUCUUCCCGAACGGCGUAACACGGAUUCCACCAUCGAAGAACGUAGGUCGUAUGCUUCGAUGUUUUACCAAAUAUCGAUGGAAAAUCCCGAUACAGAUAUAGUAUUCUUGGAUGAGGUAGGAUUUAAAGUGAGUAUGCGCACGUCAAAGGGUAGAUCGCUAAAGGGAACAACUCCAACGAUUGUCGUGCCUCAAUUGCGCUCAAGAAAUAUUUCUAUUGUUUGCGCAAUGAAUAAGAGUGGCAUUGUUCAUUACCUGUCGCAUAACAGAGCCAUAAAUCGCGAACUGUUUACGCAGUUUAUUUAUGAGCUCAAAGAAAAAUUGAGGAUGCGCGAAAUUCAUCGAACAUUUAUGGUCAUGGAUAACGUGGCUUUCCAUAAGAGUAGCGAGGUGAAGGAAGCAAUAGGCUACGACGAAGAUAAACCAGUUUAUUUGCCUCCCUACUCGCCAUUUCUAAACCCGAUAGAAAAUCUUUUUAGUAAGUGGAAAAAUUUAGUGAAAAGAGCCAACGCACAGAAUGAGCAGGAAUUAAUGGAAGCUAUCACAAAUUGUGCUAACCUUGUCACUUCCCAAGAUUGUGAAGAGUACUUUAGGAAUAUGGGGGCUUACUUGGCUCGUUGUUUGCGAGGUGAAGUAAUUGAGGAUUGAAAAGCUUCUUUUCUUUUCGAUUCUAAGUAGUCUUGAUAAUUGAUUUGAAUUAUUUUUGUUUUCUUUUAUUAGCUUUAAACUGAUCUGAUCUUGAAUUUAUGUAUGAACAACUGUGAUGUAAUGAACUGUAAUGAAGU